ACACCAACCAAUAUAUCCAAUAACUUGAAUCUUUCAUACAUCUUCAGAAGCUUAAAAAGAAUUUCAACUUUUCAGAUAAAAAUAUAGAAAUGGCUUUGGCGAGAAGUCUACUGGGUGCAAAGAAGAUUAAAAGCUCUGUUGUUUAAGACUUGGGAACAUUGGCAAUCUCAAAAUAAAACGGCGUCGUUAAGGAAAUAUGGCAAACGGCGUCAUAUUGAGGAAUAAAGUUGAAGUCACACAGCGACGUCGUUUCGGGACUAAGCUGAGAUGAAAUGGGUUUCGCGAGGGCUGUGAGAGUUUCGCGAACAUUCUCUGAUUUUCUCUCUACGCGACGGCGAUUGCGAUUGCGAGUGUCUCUUCUGAUUCUCUGUGUCUCGGGGAUAAGUAAUCGAAGAUGGAUAUGAAUCAGCUAUUCAUGCUAUCUAUGUCAAGGACUCGUGGCCUCUGUCACCCAGAUUGCGAAAAAGCAAGUAGUGAGCAAGAAGAUUACGAUGCAUCUCAACAUGCAGCUAUGGUAGCGGUGAAUCUGAUUAGCUCUGCACGGGUUAUCUUCAAACUUGACUCUGGGUAUACUGAGUACUCAGCUCAGUAUUUGGUGGAUAACGCUGGGAAGGAAGACGACCAGGGAGAAAUGGAUCAACAAAGCUCGCAGCUCACUAUCGAAAACCUCCUUCAGUAUAUGGAGGCGAACGUUUGGAACAAGAGGGAAGAUGUACAGGGAGAAAGGGAGCAACAUCUCACCGUCAAAGACUGCCUUGAAUGUGCUUUCAAGAAAGGGCUACCGAGAAGAGAACAUUGGGCACAUGUGGGAUGUACGUUCAAGGCUCCACCAUUUGCUUGUCACAUUCCUCGCGUGCCUAUGAAAGGAGAAGUGGUUGAGACUAAGAGUUUGGAUGAAGCAUUGAAGCUGUUGAAGCAACAACCGGUGGGAGCAAGACUCCAUUUAUUCAGUCCAGAGAUUGAUCGUGUUGGAGAGGGGCUUUACGAUGGCCCGUCAAGCAAUGGAUCAAGUUAUGUUGGACUUAGAGAUGCCAUCAUAGUCGCAGUGGAUAAGUCUGAGGGAAAAUUUGUUGCGACGGUGAAGAUCUGUUACAAGAAGAAGACUUCAUUUGUCAAAGUGUGUAUGAGGCGUAUGUUUGUCCAGCUUAAUGGUGACGAGGAGUCUCAGGUGAAAGAGCCAACAGGUCUGCUUGUUGACUUCUGUAUCCCACGCUUAUCUGUCAACUAAACAAGAGCUGAGUUCUUCUAGUUCUGGAACCUCUAUGUUGGUCCUUUUUUAAGAAUGUUUUAUCAGACUUAUUUUCUGCUUUUAAGUAUCUUGAAAACCGUAUGCUUGUUGUGAAACCCUGUUUGUGGUCUGAAGAUAAGAUUGUUUUAUGAGACUUUCAUAUGUUUAAGAACUUAUCUAUCGCUA